AUGACUUCUCUUUCAAUUCCGGCCACGGCUCCCGUUCUCUCACCAUUCGAUGCAGACACCAGUACUCCUCCAAGAUCACCCCAGCCUCAUCGAAGACGAGCAUCUCGAAAUCCUAAUGCUAUUGCUUUGCCAACGUUUAAUUUCAAUCCCGGUCAAGAUGAUGCUGUGAGACCAGACAAUAUCGACCAAGGAAGUCCCUCCACACAACACAUGGCUUCUGAUGGACAGCGACGGUCUCCUCGCCCUACCCUGCCUGCUUUCUCAUUCAAUCCUGGUGCCGAUCUACCGCCCGAGAGAAGUCCUAGUCCUACACAUCCAGUCUUGCAGGAAAUGGCCCUCAAUCAGCAACGCGCGGUCCGUUCUGCUAGGCCCGCUCCUCUUCCCGCCUUCACCUUCGCACCACACACACCUUCAGUCCACGCAUCACCAAGUCCUACAAAGGCAGACUUCACCGAGUCCCAACCUCCUCUUCGCACUGGCCACCGUCGGGGUGUCAGUGAAUUUGUUGGAGGUGGCGGGACUGAUGGUCCUCAGAUGGUCAGUACCAGUCCGGAAAAGCCCGAGUAUCGACCACCUCCAAGAAUGCACGCCCACAAGCGCAGCCAAGCGGUUUCUGUUUCCGACAUCGACACGUCCGAGCUGAUCAAAGCCAACGCUUUGGCCAAAGCUCGGGCGGGUUCGACCCCAACCACCCCAUCCGAUGCACAGACAUUCUCAUUUGCACGAUCAAGCCCCCAAAUCCGACAGUCAAUGUCAAACAUCGUCAGGACUCCACCAUCGUCCCCUCGACGCCGAGAUAGUGCUCCUGGUGUGCGACCACGUGUGGGAUUUUCGGAACAUGUCGAUGUAAUUCCACGACCUCUGUCAAUGAUCUCAUCCGAGACUGAGGGAAGCAAUUCUACGAUCCGCGGUUGCCAUUCGCUAUCAGGAAGCAUCAACUCAAUUGCCAGCCCUACACCAAGACCUACCCUGGUGAUAAGCUCUUCAAGUGAAUCCACCAAUGGUUCCCCUGAACGACCACAAACCGCCGAUGCUUUGUCGACUUUGACAGGCAGCAUGGCCUCUGGUGACAAGUCAUUAUCUGUGAUCAGUCUUCCCAAGCGUCCUCUGUCAGCCUCUGGAUCUCCUGGAACUGUGAGUUCGGGCAGCCCACCAAACAAGAAGAAGUACUUCUGGCUGAACCAAAACAACGUUUCGCCAUUGGCUACUCCAAGAGCAGAAACUGGAAAUCCAAUGGAUGUCUUUGUCGCAUCCACCCCUCCACCAAAGCGGCUGGAGGUAUUUGGAGAUCGAGCAAGACCAAAGACUUCCUCUGGAGAGGGCGCAUCUUCCUCUCGCAAGCGGAAAUAUCAUACGUGGACUUCGGGCAUCUUUUCCAGGAAGUCAGAAAAGCGAUCAAGCAAAGUAAAACAUCCACCGAUGCCCACUCCGCCUGUAUUGAAUAGGAGACCCAGUGAUCGAUUGAACGAGAUAUUCGACGCAGAUGACACCAUUGUUCUGCGAGAACCAUCUCCUGUUACCACACGGAUUCGACCACGAACGCAACCUUUACCCGCCCUCCAGACUUUCAACAGUAGCCCGGCAAGUGAGCCAAUCAUGAGCCCAAUCUUGGAUCUUGACGCUGCCUUGGGACCUUUUGGGAGCGAGGAGAAAUUUAGCCAGGACAGCCAUAACAAACAAGUCCACGCUUCCCGAAUUGCCAAGCUACAUAGCAGCGAACGUCGAGGCACGUCGGAUGCUUUUGGUUCGGUUCAUAGGAGAACUGAAUCUGCCCCCACUAUGCCAGCUGUCAAUCGAGCGACCUUCGGUGUGCAUCGAAUGGGUAGUAACCCUUCAUUAUCCGAAGACGUAUUCGAUGAGGAAGAGGAAGACAAAUUGUUGGCAGAAGAAAAUGCAAAUGCGAUGUCAUCUGGAAAGCUUGUUCGAAUUCAUUCUCGCCCAAAGAAAUUGGUUACCUCAUUGAGUGAACCUACAUCUGCGACACCCACCUCAAGAUCUGGAGAAGGAUUGGGAUUGUCCAUGGACAACGACGAUGUGAUCAUAGUUGACACUGAAGAAGAAAUCGGAAGAGUGGCAUGUGCACGAUCCUCAGACUCUACCAUCGAGGCUCCUGUUUUCUCGGAAAUGGCAUCUCUGAAACGCCCAGCAUCGUCCCCAAUGACGUUCGCAUACCCGGCUCCACAGUCUCAAUAUGCUUCAUCAACGGAAGGUCGAACAACUUCGGCUUCGAUGAUUUCUUCACCAGACGCAGAUCAUAUCUCUUUCGACAACCUAUCUCCUCCAUCUCGGUCUCAUGGUGAACUGAGCCCAGACUUUGUCCUCCGAGCCUCCAACGACGAUUUGCCCUCACUCAGCGAUAGCAUCUCAAGUGGCGCACUACCUAGGUUCUCCAGCAGUGCAGGGACCAGGUCCUCGAUUGAGCAUCGUUCCGCUUCCAUGAUUGUUCCAUCGACAUCUCGCUCCAACAACCAACAAGCAUGGAAGAGAGCAAGCUUGGCAAGCCUGAAUCGAUUGAUUCCUGGAUCUUCACAUGGCAGCAAACUGAAGUUUGAAACUGUGCCCGACAUCUCUGUCAUUGAUGACAAGGCUAAGCGGAGGUCUCACAGAAUUAGCAAACUUUUGUUCUGGCGGUCAAAGGACAAGGACGAGAAAUGA